CCGACCUAUGGAAUCUGAUCAUUUGGAGAGCAGUCACGGAAGAAGCAUGGCGCCUUGGCUGGUAAUUUUGCUCUGCGCGUUCAUCGGUUGUCUGGCUGAUGAUCCUGUAUGCAGCAAUUUUGAAUACCUAGACAAAUGUCCUGUGGACUGCGCUAAGGACUAUUGUCCAACGAGCGAAGAAGAAUCCAAGCAGGGCUGUCCACCCAGCCCCGACCCCUGCCCCGCGCCCGCCUGCAAGUGCGGCUUCAACCACCGCUACGCCAGCCGCGACAAUAAGACUUGCAUCCCUACUAGAAAUUGCCCUCCCUUCGAAUGCAACCGACCCUUCGAAGAAUACGUUUCGUGUCCCCCUAUGUGCCCAAACGGCAGCUGCCAACAGGCGACCCCUAACGGGAACUGCCCUCCGCUGCUGGGUAGAAUCGGCAUCAUACUGAUAUGCAACCCACAGUGCCGCUGCAUCAAAAACUACUGGAGACAGGAUGGUGUUUGCAUACCUUAUUCCGAAUGUCCUCAAAACAAAAAUACAACGCCAGCAACUCCAGCGGCAGAAGACCAAGCAAAUUCAGAAGACCCACAAAACCCAGUAGACUCAGAAAACCCACAAAACCCAGGAGACUCAGAAAACCCUGAAAACUCAGAAGACCAAAACUGUAGUGGAGAGCAAGAUGACACAAAUUCCGUGACUGCUACUUUAUAGUGGACCCCGGGAGCGAUGAAACAGAUCCAGUUUCCGGUCACCAGGAAGAAAUUAACAGCACCACAAACAGCACCCUGUAGCUCCCUCAGCGAGUGCCCAGAGAUUUUCAGUUUCAGCUUAAGACCUACUAAUUCUUAACGUGCCCGAGAACAUCAGUCAGUUUUAAAUAUGAUUUUGGAAAUAUAUUGAAAUUAUUAUAAA